UUCCAUUAACACCUCCCCUCACGGUGGACCUCACAAUUCCUGCAGACAUUCCACAGAGCACCACCACACAAACUCUCCCCCCCGGGCAAAACAAAAAAAAUCCCUUCCGGUUCCCAUUCUUUUGAAAACUUUCACCACAUCCAUCCAUCCAUCCAUUCUCUUCUUUCAUCUUCAAUCUCUAAACCAUGCCUGAUGCAGCAGAGGCUUCGGAAUCUCAGCACUCCAAAUGCACGAGGCCCAGGACCCAGUUCUCGCACCUCAUUUCCCAAACUAAUCCCGACCCACAAAUCCCUUCUCUGCCCCACUCCACUCGCUGCAAAUCCACCAUUUCCUCUAUCCUCUCUGCCUCCUCCCACGACGCUUGCGGUGAAACCGCACGACCCAACCUCAACACCAACAAGAAAAAGACCAAUUUCUCAGCGGUAACCUUAAGAGGAUUCGGAUGCACUGCUGGCGCCUCGCGGCAGGUAUCGCUUCCCGCUCUCAUUCGGACAUCGGCUGAUUGGCAGCAAACCAAAGCCAGAAAAGAGAAGCACCGGAGGAGUGGUGCGAAGAACAGUGUGAACGGUCAAGGCGUCUUUGAAGGUUCAAAUUCUGGUUCCGUUGGUUGCGUUGAUUCUCAAGAUGUUUGGUGUGGCCCUGGAAUUGGAUUUUCGGCGGACGUUGCUGCCCAUGCGGAUUGCGUUGUGGCAAGGAAGAAUGGGCCUACGAGAGGGAAGACUGAUUUGGAGAACAUGACUCACAGCCACAGGGAGAUGAUGCUGCUUCAAGGAAGUCUGCUAAUGGGGGGAAGAUUGAAUUCUCGCGACCACUUUAGAGACUGGAGACUCGAUGUUGAUAACAUGUCUUAUGAGCAAUUGCUGGAGCUUGGUGAAAGAAUUGGUUGUGUGAACACUGGACUUAAAGAAGACGAGAUUAGACGUUGCAUUAGGAAAUUUAAGCUUUCCAAGUUUAACAAGACUUCAAAAAGUCAAGUUGAGAACAAGUGCAGCAUUUGUCAGGAAGAAUACGAAGCUGAUGAUGAGGUGGGAAGGCUGAGUUGUGAACACGACUAUCACUUUCGGUGUUUAAGGCAAUGGCUCGCGCAAAAAAAUUGUUGCCCAGUGUGUAAGCAAGAAGUUGUUAGUCGUCACUCAGUAGCCAAAUCCUGAAUUAUUUUUUUAGGAAAAAAAUAAAAAAUAAAUUUUUUGGCUUUUGGACGCCUGCUUCCUCUGUAUAGCAUUUCAUCUCCAACAGAAGCUAGAAUUUUGAUUUUUCUUUUUUGGACGUCAAUCUUCAUCCCAUUCUAUGAUCGGAGAACGCAUCGUUUCAUAAUUGGACCUCUCGAACCUUUUUGUUCAUUGAGUUGUGAAUUGCUCUUUUUGGUGAAAUUAGUAAUUGAACUAUCAUAUUCCCUGGUUCA